GAGGAGGAGGUUCCAACGCCACAUCACAAACUAGAGAGCCCUGCAGCGAGCGACAGGUGCCGGAACAAACGAACUGUGAAAAGCCGCGGGCGCGUAGGCGUUUCGGGGGGCAGGACUUCCGCCGGAAACGGUGUGGUCUGGCCACUCUCAGGAGCCGAGUUCCGGCCGGUUUUUUACCUGCUGGUCGGGUGUUGACGCUGUCUGGACGCGUGGGAAGAUGGCUUGCGCCGCCGCUCGGUCCCCGGCCGACCAGGACAGGUUCAUUUGUAUCUAUCCUGCUUAUUUAAAUAACAAGAAGACCAUCGCGGAGGGGAGGCGAAUCCCCAUAAGUAAGGCUGUUGAAAAUCCUACAGCUACAGAGAUUCAAGAUGUAUGCUCAGCAGUUGGACUUAAUGUAUUUCUUGAGAAAAAUAAAAUGUACUCUAGAGAAUGGAAUCGUGAUCUUCAGUACAGGGGCAGAGUCCGGGUCCAGCUCAAACAGGAAGAUGGCAGCCUCUGUCUUGUACAGUUCCCAUCACGUAAGUCAGUAAUGUUGUAUGUUGCGGAAAUGAUACCUAAACUAAAAACAAGGACGCAGAAAACAGGUGGUGGUGACCAAAGUCUUCAGCAAGGAGAGGGAAGUAAAAAAGGGAAAGGAAAGAAGAAGAAGUGACCUGGUGUGAGAAUCAAGGAUGUGGUACUACUGUAAGAGACAUGAGUGGAGGCUUCUAAUUUGAGAGAAAACAGAAGCAUCUUGUUUGCAUCAUUUAACUGAACUGUGAACAUUUGCCUCCCAGCUUCAGCAUCAGAAUUGACAAUGAAAUAAAUUCACAUCAGAAGUUUGCAUCUAGCUCUUAUGCAGUAUAAAAGAAAAAAAAUUUGGGGGGCUUUUAAACACAGUUUUUGUGGAAGAAAAAUAUUUUUAAGUGGGCAGUCCACCGACUCUACCAUAAGUUACUUGAAAUCCUGUAUCUGUUUGUCCUUUAUGUGAACAUGUUUCAGAUAAAUGAGUUUGAUAUUUGAAAUACACAUUUUCUUCAUCUUUUAAGUUAAUGAAAUAAAAUUUGAAACAGA